AUGGACUUCAAAGAAGAACAAACCCAGGAGAUUGAAAUAUUACAGUCAAUAUAUCCCGAUGAACUUACGUUUUUGAAUGACUCACAGACCCAAUUUCAAAUACGAGUCAAUUUAGAUACAGAAAGCGAACGCAAACAUGCGCUAAACUUGGUGGUCAAAUAUCCAGCCACGUAUCCCGAAGUGAUACCCGAGCUACAUAUCGAAGUCGCUGAAGAUGAAGAAGAUGGCGAAUACGACAAUGAAGGAGGCAGCAACGACUAUGAUGAUGACGAUGAUGAAGAUGAAGAUGAAGAGGCGAAACAAACUAGACUUGCGUUGAAUAUGGCAGAGACUAUAGAAUACGAAAGAAGCGAUUUAUCCAAGCUAUUAUCAAAACUAAACGAGGAAGCCGAGAUUGGAAUCGGUAUGCCAUCAGUGUUCACGUUGGUCACUGUCCUCAAAGACGAAGCUGAAUCAUUGUUUAAUGAAAAAUUGGCCAUCAAGAACAAGGAGUUUGAACGUAGACGCAAUGAAUUGGAAAGAAUUGAACAACAAAAGUUCCAAGGCACCAAAGUCACUCGUGAAUCGUAUAACGAAUGGAGAUUGAAGUUUAGACAAGAGAUGAAGUUUGAAGAAAAAGAUAGAUUGAAGAUGCAACAAAUGCACGGGGGAAGAUUGACUGGGAAACAAAUUUUUGAGCGUGGAUUGGCUGGCACUGAAGAUGAAGACGAGGGUAAUGGUGGCGUUGAAGGGGACGAAUUGGCAGAAGGAGUCAAGGGUUUAUCUGUUUAG